AUGCCAUUACAUACAGUCGCACUAGGUGUGGCAUUGACUCCCACUGUCCUUCAUACUCUCAUCAGUCACUACCUGCAUCGUAAAUCGUUACGGGACAAACCCACCGUUCACAUUACCUACGAUGAAGGUAUCCAUAUCAUUCGCCAAUUCCUAUUUUAUGCAUCCAAACACCCCGUCGAAGACUUCCAGGCGUUCACUCGCCAAUGGGUCCCAAGUCCACAUUGGGUGAGAACCGAGACCGUCACAAUCCCGGACGAGUUCUUGCGCUCUGCUGCGGACGCUGUCAAAAAGCAGCUGGGCCCCAAAGGUAUCGUACGGGUGGGAGGAGAGAAAUGGUGGCAAUGGCGCGGGCCAUCCGAAGAGAUGAAGGGGGAGUGGAUUGAGAUGCGGAGCCACUACGCUCAAACGGAGGGGGCCGGUGGGCAUUGUAACCGUGUGAUGCUGUAUGUCCAUGGUGGGGCCUAUUUCUUCGGAAGUGUCGACACGCAUCGGUACAUGAUGCAGCGCCAUGCGCGUAAACUGAAGGGACGUGUAUUUGCACCGGAGUAUCGACUGGCGCCGCAGUUUCCUUUCCCAUGUGGUUUGCAUGACUGCAUGGCGGCUUAUCUCUGGCUGCUCAAGUCCUAUGAACCAAAGGAAAUCAUUCUUGCCGGUGACUCUGCGGGCGGAGGCUUGGCUCUAUCGAUGCUGGUCGUUAUGAGAGACCAGGGUAUUCCCUUACCCGCGGGCGCCAUCUUGAUCUCACCCUGGGUUGAUUUAACACACUCUUUCCCGAGUAUUGUUCAGGACAACCCAGGUGAUUAUAUUCCUGCCUAUGGCUUCCGCCAUAAACCCUCGUCCGCUUGGCCUCCUCCUAAUGCUGAUGAUAUCCUGGAAAUGAAAAGACUGUCGCGCCAACCAAUAGUGACUUCCGAGGAUCUCAAUAAGGCUAUUCCCCAACCGCGCAGCAGUGCUGAAGAGACUGCUAUCCGCGGUUAUACUAUCCAUGAGAACCCUGCAGCCGAAUAUUCCUACCCUGGCGAGCAGCAAGCCCCGGAUCCUGCUAGUUUGGAUGCCGAACCCGAUAAUAUUCACGUUGCCUUGGGCGGGAAAACAGUCGAACUCAAGGACCAAAUCCAGUUUUACACGACGAACCAGCUCAUGUCCCACCCUCUUGUUUCGCCAGUCCUACAACCCUCUCUGGGUGGCCUGCCUCCUCUACAAAUAUUGAGCGGCGGCGGCGAAACGCUUCGUGACGAGCAAUUCUACAUCGCCCACAAAGCGGCCAAUCCAUCGGCAUACCCACCGAGCGACGUAUAUCUCGAUGAGAAUGAUCCCACCCGGGAGAUUUUGAACAAGUACGAACCGACUUAUGUACAACUUCAGGUCUGGGACGACCUAUGUCAUGUCGCUCCCACUCUGAGCUUUACGCGACCAGCCAAGUACAUGUUCCGUUCCAUUUCCCAGUUCGGCUCUUGGGCCUUGGCGCGUGCACAGCACGGCGAGGUCGAUAUUAUGGAUGAUAGUGCUCUUUCGCCCGUUUCGUCAAACAGCUCAGAAGAUGAAGAUAUGCCGGGGCCUCAACCUGCAUUGACCAAUCUGCCUAACGCACGUGGGCCUUCCUCUGUCGGUAAGGCCGGAGAUCCUCUUCCAGCGUUCCAUCAAUACAUGAUACGCCAACGAAUUGAUAAACGAGGACAUGUCUUCCCGCUAGACACUCCCUCUUCCUACUCAUCGUUACAAAUUCCCCCUGCCCAAAUCGGGGCAAUCAACCCCGUGCUCAUUCGAAUGUGGCUGGAUGCAAAGAAGGAAUGGGAUAUCAGAUUUUCGAAGGAAAAACUUCGGGUUCAGAGGCGACGCCUGAUAGAGCUGGCGCAUGGCUUCCAAGACUUUGAUGGCGAAUGUCCUCCCCCGAGCUCUUUGGCCGCCCGGCGAGCUGCUCCUGGCGUCCUACCAAAACGACAUGCCAAGAAGAACUACGGCAUGAUGAUGUGGAGCGGCUGGGGAAGCAAACAUGACGAGCGCAGAAUGGAAAUGGAGAAUCGGAUCGAGCAAUCGGGCAGACGUGCCACCCGUGUCAGCACUGAUAAUGGGCAGGCCGGAACAUGGUCUAGCACUCCAGCGACGAAUCCCCAAAGCAGAACAGAUAAAGACCUCACCGACAACAAAUCGCAGCCGACGGCAGCCAACCAGGAUAGAAAGGAAUACCUCAGUAACGGCGAUUCUUCUAUUGGACGCAUGUCUACAGAUUCCGAGGCUGCAUCUCGACCCGUCUCACAGAAAAGUGCUGCUCCGAUCCUUAUCUUGCCCGGGGUGAACAAUCACAAAUUCACGGAUGAGCACGCCAGCACGAGGGCUCUCUUUCACGCAACAGGCUCUCUCCCGAUGAAAUCCGAUCUUUCCUUAGCUCACAGCAGGUACCGGUCAUCAUCCGCUGCAGGAUCAGCCGCUGACCGAAGCGAAAUGUUGUCGGAGACUACCAGUACCGUUGGCGGCGACAAGGACUCCGUCGCCUAUACAAACAUGGCAUCCGAUACUGCUAGCACCCAAGCUGUGACUGGCGCGCGGGGUAUUAUUGCCCCCUUGGUUAGCGAGAAUGGCCGUCCUUCCACAGAUACUCUAUCUGUUUUCUCCGCGGCUGGUCGAGACUCCACAUCCCACCGUCCUGAAAUACCGGACAGGGAGGUUUUCAAAACCGCCGAGUAA